AUGCCCAAUCGUGUGUACCGGUCUGAUUAUUGUGUGAUUCUGUUCAUUUUUUAUAUCGUCUCAUUUUCGGAUCUAUUCUUGCCGGGAAUUUAUGGUAUUGAAGGGCAACCAAAUCAUGGUGGUCCUCAUCGUGGUCUAUCCGUUCCCGUGUCCGGAAUUUAUACACACGACAAAGUACAGAUUCAAAUGACACGACUUGGUGCCUCAAGUGACAAGAUCGGAUCGAACGAGGUGAGCGGAAAUUCCGGCGGAGUCAGAGCAUCACUCGGCUCGAAUCAUUCAGCCCUCGGGAGCAGUCCGGAAAUUCCGUUUCACGUGGGAGGUUUGGGUCUCGCGUCGACCGCACAAAAUCGUAUCAGUCUGGGGGCUCUGACGAAGAUGGAAUCUAGAUCCGCUCAUUCGCCUCGGCCCCCAGAAAAGUCAACAGGGGUGGGACUCGGCUGGUCAGACCACAGUGUAACCGCAGGUUCCUCAUCUUCCAAACAGCCCACUCGUUUCGAGGAUGUUAACGUUCGCGUUAUGGGUCAAUCGAUAGAUCCUCGUGUGAUCAACCAUUUGACCCCGGACGUGUCCCCUUAUAAAGUACGUAAAUUGCGUAAAAUUCUCGCGGGUAGCCUGGAUCGCGAAUGGACUUCGGAAACGGCUCCCCGAGUACUCCGACAACGAGGUGUAGCCGGGACUGGUGGUCUGGCCCCGGACGGGAGUACAGCCGCUUCACCGGUAGACGUGAAACUGAUCAAUGAGGCGUACAAUUUAAAUUUUACUCUCCGACACGAUUCCGGUGAGGCGUUCACAUUAUCAGAACCGCAAAUUAAACUAUUUCGUGCAUGGCUGAUUGAGAAAGCCACAUGUGAGAUGGAAUUUAUCUGGGAAGAUUUGGGUUCCCUAUUCUGGCCCCGUUGGAUUCGUCGUGGUGUUUGCCUGAACAAACCUGGUCAGUCGUGUUCCUGGCCGCCGGGAAUGAAGUGCCAACCGUCGGGUUCACGCGCGCUCCGGCUGUUGCACUGGAAAUGUGAAGAUGCGGCCCAAAUUCAGUCACGCAAACGCGCUGCCGAACAGCGUAAUCGACGCCGAAAUGCUGUCAACACGUUCCACUCGCGAUUCCACGAUAUGCAACCAGCCGCGGCGGCGAACGCAGAGUUCGCUCUGCCCCGAGUCGAAACGGGCACUUUGUCUCGGCUCAGUCUGCGCGAUACGCACAACAUGAUCCCCCUGUCCGGGCAUCAGAUGAUGCGAGUUCAACUGCGUGCUCCCCGAUGGCCUUCCGACGCUCCGCAGACACGAGCGGACACAAAAGAGCCGGUGGAUGAGAUCACACGUGAGGAGAGACGUAAACGCCGAGCCAGACGCCUGAUCAAACGAUUGAGUGUCACUGCCAACGGAUAUCAUUGUUACUGGCAAGUACAGAAGUAUCUGAUCAGUGAUCGAUGCGCUUGUCUCUGCUCCUAA